AUGAAUAGUAGGAUUACAUUAUUGUUAUUGUUUGUGAUUGUGUUGUUGUUACCAACAACAAUACAAGGAAAGAUAAGAUCAAAGGAACAGGAGGAGAAUUGUGAUUUGUGUAAAUACUUGGUUAGCCAAGUAGAGAGAUAUAUUCAGGAUAACUCUACAACAACACAUGAUCAAAUACUCGGUUAUCUAUCACAGGAUUGUACAGUACUUGGACCAUGGCAGGAUGAUUGUCUGGCAGAGGUCAAGCUAUAUGGUUCAGGUCUCAUUGACAAUGUAUUGGACAGCAAGGAGAAUCCUCAAAUCGUUUGCUCAAAGGUUGGCGCAUGCACCGCACUCUACGGCUCGCUGGCCGAGGCGGUCGAUCCUCGCUCCGACUGCCCAAUCUGCGAGUGGAUGGCACAGGUCAUCGUGUCGGACCUUCAACAGAAUAUGACCGACGAUGACAUCCAGGCCAAUAUUCAGAAUCAGUGCACGGUGUUUGUCGAUCAGGAUUGGAUUACCACAUGCAUCUCAAUGGAUCAAAACUAUGGACUUCGCUUGAUACAGAGUAUCCAACAGGGUCAGUCAUGUGACCAAUCGUGCUUCACCUGCGGUCUGUGCGGCACACCCACUUCAAUAUCAUCGUCCAGCGGUCAAACCUCUGGAACAUCGACAUCUGGUACAGGCUCAGGAUGGGGCACUGGUGGAUCAACUGGAUCAAGUGGUGGAGUUGGAACUGGAUCUGGAUCAACUUGA